CUUUUCUUUCCCUUACCCAUCUCCUGACAGGCUAUCACUUACUCCUCCCUCCAACAUGCCAAGUCCCUUUUUUUAUCCUUUUAGUUUCCUUCUCAAAACUCUAGCAGUGCCCUCCUUCUCCUCCUCCUCGCCGCAUGACCCCCUUCCUCUCCUCUUCCUCUUGAUCUCUGCUUGCUCUGUAUCCUCAUCAUAAUCAUUCACUACCUCGCCUCCAGCCUUUCCUCCCUCGCAGCUGCAACCUCAUCGUUGAUCCAUCAUAGCAUCACAGAGUGGCGGCCCUCGCCUCAGUCUCUGCUCUUUCUCUUACCGUCUCUCGCCGUCGUUGGCUCACCAGCCUCGUCUUUGCUCCCUCGCCCUCGCCUCCACCCUCCAUCGUCUUUCGAACACGCGUGUUGGAACGCGACUAGAAAAGUUGACCACAUGUCGAAAAAUCCGACACGUGAUCAACGCAUGUUGAACACGACACAAAAGCACGUGUAACGUGUCCAUGCUUCAUAAAUGACAAGUGACUAGAGCUGCAACAUGAUGAGCAUAAUCUGCAACAUGUCCUUAGUUGUACUGAUUGUUAUAGCUUUCUCCUACUACAAUUCAAUUCUUGCAACACCAGCAGCUUCUAAACAAUCAGAGGCAAGUGCGCUUCUCUAUAGCGGGUGGUGGUCUCCCUCCGUCACCGACAACACUACCUUACCUCAUUGCGCAUGGCCCGGGGUAUUGUGCGACGCCUCUGGGAGCGUCAACGGGAUUCGCUUGCCACAUGGGUACCAAAUAGGAGGUAAUUUCAGCAACAUGAACUUAUCUCUACUUCCGAGACUCACCUCUCUUAAUCUCUCUUCUAACGGACUAGCUGGCAAAAUCCCCCUUCAAAUAUGUACUCUGUCGAGGCUAACUUACCUUGACUUGUCCUUCAAUUCUCUCAUUGGCAAGUUGCCUCCAUGUGUCCAAAAUCUCACUAGGCUUCAAGAUCUUAGGAUCAGUUAUAAUCACAUCAAUGGCUCUAUCCCUCCUGAGUUGGGAAAUUUGGAGAGAUUGACCAACUUGGAUCUCAAGGACAAUUCUCUCACUGGUCCCAUUCCAUCCUCUAUAGGGAAUUUGACAAGCUUGACUUAUCUCUAUUUGCAACAAAACAAACUUAGUGGAUCUAUUCCUCUAGAAAUAGGGAAUUUAACAAGCUUAACUGAUCUCUAUUUGCAAAAAAACCAACUUAGCGGAUCUAUUCCCCUUCAAAUGUGUACUCUGUCGAGGCUAACUCACCUUGACUUGUCCUUCAAUUCUCUCACUGGCGAGUUGCCUCCAUGUAUCCAAAACCUCACUAGGCUUCAAGUUCUUAGGAUCAGUUAUAAUCACAUCAAUGGCUCUAUCCCUCCUAAGUUGGGAAAUUUGGAGAGAUUGACCAACUUGGAUCUCAAGAACAAUUCUCUCACUGGUCCCAUUCCGUCCUCUAUAGGGAAUUUGACAAGCUUGGCUUAUCUCUAUUUGCAACGAAACAAACUUAGUGGAUCUAUUCCUCUGGAAAUAGGGAAUUUGACAAGCUUGACUGAUCUCUAUUUGCAAAAAAACCAACUCAGUGGAUCUAUUCCCCUUCAAAUGUGUACUCUAUCGAGGCUAACUCACCUUGACUUGUCCUUCAAUUCUCUCACUAGCGAGUUGCCUCCAUGUAUCCAAAACCUCACUAGGCUUCAAGUUCUUAGGAUCAGUUAUAAUCACAUCAAUGGCUCUAUCCCUCCUGAGUUGGGAAAUUUGGAGAGAUUGACCAACUUGGAUCUCAAGAACAAUUCUCUCACUGGUCCCAUUCCGUCCUCUAUAGGGAAUUUGACAAGCUUGGCUUAUCUCUAUUUGCAACGAAACAAACUUAGUGGAUCUAUUCCUCUGAAAUAG